AUGAUCAAGUACAUACUAGUUCUCACAUGUGUGGCCUACUGUAGAGCGGGAGGCUAUGGUGGUUAUGGCGGUAGUGGUGGUGGUUAUGGUGGAGGAUAUGGUGGAGGACACGGCGGUAGUGGGAGUGGCAGUGGACUGGGAUUUGGCGGUGGCGGCGGUUUCGCCGGCGGUAUAAUACCUGCAGCCAUAACUACCCGACACACUGUUGACGUACGGCCUACUAGUAUACAGUCAGAACCGGUAGUACCGCAGACAGUGCUGGUCGAUGCCGGUAUUGUGCCGCUGACCAUAAUGUUUAGGUCGAUGUCCAGCAAAAUGAGUGUCGUUCAGCAACAUAUCGGCGGUUCGGGUGAUACACAGCAUACGUCAUCGGAGGACGAACCGCAUAAACUCGUUCAUCGGGUAACCAAACCGAUCAUACAGGAGGUACGCGAAGUGAUUACACCGUACAGACGAGUCGUACAGGAGAUACAGCCGGUUGUCGAAGACAUCCAGACUAUUGUUGCCAGUGGUCAGGCUAGAGAUGGUGGUGCUGGCGGUGCUGGUGGUGGUGGUGAUGGUGGCAGCGGUUUUGGCGGUGGUUUUGGAGGUAAUGGCGGCGGAGACGGCGGCAGUGAUGGUGGUCAUGGAGGAUAUGGUGGUAGCGGCGGAUAUGGCGGCGGACAUUAUGCCGGUGCUCGUAGAGGAGCUGCCAAAGCUGCCGGUGCCGCAGCUGCCAGUGCUUAG